AUGGCUCCUGAUACAGUGGAUUAUGUCCCUUUAGAAGCCCUCAACGCACACCCGAACAAUGAGGCUGAAGAGGAACAGCCCCGCAAGCGAAGCAAUAUCUGGCAUAGAAUCGAUACUACCAGUGUUCUGACUAUAUUCCUCGGUUUUCCGCUCCUUCUGCUUGCAGUGGCAGUUUUGGCCCUAUUCUGGCAUGAAUCAAUGAAAGCUAUCAACGGGGGAGAGCCCAAUGUUUACUGGCUGCGCAUCGUCAAUGCAGGCUGGGCAGCGCAACUAGUGACAGUAUGCACCGCCUCUAUUCGAGCGGUGGUGGCUUUUCAGGCCGGUCUUGCCACGGCUAUGGUCGCAGCAAUUGCUUUGGAGACUGCAGGCACCCCUCUCCUACAGGGUCCAUUGUACUCCAUGCUCCGGGCAGUCAAGGUAGCCCCUAGCAACUUUUGGACUGCGACCAACUUCCAGCCUCACCUCUCGCGCUUCAUUUAUGCGCUGGUGCUCACCGAGGUCCUGGUGACAGGAGCGUCCCAGUUUCUGUCCACCAUCUUCCUGGCUGAUUUUGGCGAUGGAACCUUCUCCCAGCGCAGCAACUCGACCAAUGUCAGUAUCCUACAUACCACAGAUAUCUCUGACAUUGCAUGGUCGAUGCCUUUUGCGGCCAGCUGGACAUUCGCCGAGCUGGAGGAGUCUUUUGAUGAUCGAUCGGGGUUCCAUGAUACCGGGCACACUUUUCGAGCUUUCCUUCCUUUCGAGGAGGAGGCAGAACGAACCAAACUACGCCGCCUCCACGGUCCAGUGCCGGUCAUGGAUCAUCGGGUCGUCUGCUCAAGUCCGCCCUUGAGUAACUUGAGUCUAGAUUCGAUCGUGCAGAACUAUAUGCGCCUGUCCGGACAGAUUCCCACAGAGGAAUUGGCCUAUCCAUUGUUACUCGACUCAUAUCCUCACCCAUAUAUCAACUUCACCUGCAGACUACCCAGCCCAGUAGAAAAAAAAACCAAGACGCAAGGCGAGACUAGCUUGUGCGUCCCCAAAAUAUCCACAAACUGGACGGUCCUCAACGAAGACCCCCUGAUCCAGCCCUACGGCUUUCCCGAGUCCUCGGCCUUGUUCCUAGUCCUUGACAUCAUUUCAGACGCUGCAAUGCUGGACACACUAAGCCACAUUCGAACCUUGCAGACAAUCCGAACCGAGGACCCUUGGGCAAUAAUCUCUAAUGGAUCACCAAACGUCGAAGCCUUCCGCAUCUCCGCCUGCCUCACAAAUUUCGCUGUGAAAACCGUCACUGUCGGAAUGAACAGCACAUUCGACAAUCUCGAGCCCAAGACUACCUGGGAUCACCACGUUGGAAGCUACAACACCGCACCUUCUCGCCUCCAACUAGGUGUAUCAUCCCUGGACAACAAGAUCUCCAACAAUCACCGAGGCAUCCUCACGUUAGACCCCCGAUCCAAAUGGGAAGACUUCCACAUUCCACCAAAUACUCCAGGAGCUCCUGGUAAAGCACUCGGAGCCGAGCCCAACUUCUUUUCAUCCAUCUCCGUCAGCUUCCCCAACUCUGUCGGCUCGAGCUUCAACUUCGACCCCAGCGUCAUCCUCUCUCGUAAAAUCAUUGUCACCAGCUUCGGCAACGCCCAUAUGACUCAUGUAGAUCUGUUCCAGGACACCCUGAUUACGACGAAUAGUCCGGCGUUAGCCCUGCAGGCCGUACUCACCCGUAUCUAUCAGAUGGCAUACUACCAGCAACUGAUCAAGUUGGAUCGUCCAGUCGUGGCCACGACGGCGUUCUCGCUCACCGCGACAAUUCCGGUGCGAUGGACAUUCUUCGUGCUGGGGAUGGCGCUUAUUGUGAUUCACUCGGUUAUCAUGAUGGUAGUCGUCGUUAUGUUUGUGAUAUCGACCGAGAUCUCAUUCAUUGGGAGUUACUGGCAGACGGUGGCGCAGGUUGUUUCGAAAGAGACGCAGCCGAUUCUGGAGGUGGCGGAUCAGAUGGAUGAUGACGAUGUGAGGAAGUGGGCGAAGAGGGAGAAGGUGGAAUCAUUAAGGAGUCGUUUGGCCUUGCGGGGGAGUGAUGGACGGGUUACUUUGGGACUUGUAGAGAAUGACUAG